AUGGCGCAGUACAAGGGGGCGGCCAGCGAGGCCGGGAGAGCCAUGCAGCUGAUGAAGAAGAGAGAGAAGCAGAGGGAGCAGCUGGAACAGAUGAAGCAAAAGAUCGCUGAGGAGAAUGUGGUUAAAGCAAACAUUAACAAGAAAUUCUCGGCACAUUAUGAUGCUGUGGAGGCUGAGCUGAAAUCCAGCACUGUGGGUCUGGUGACUCUAAAUGAUAUGAAGGCCAAGCAGGAGGCUCUUGUGAAGGAAAGGGAGAAGCAGCUUGCUAAGAAGGAGCAGUUUAAAGAUCUGCAGCUGAAGUUGGAGAAACAGAGGGAGAAAGAGCGGAAGAAAGAGGAGAAGAGGAAGAUCGCCAGCUUGUCCUUUACCCUUGGUGAUGAUGAGGAUGAAGAGGAUGACGAGGAAGAGGAACAAGAAAUAGAACAGGAAGAGCUGCCAAAAAAAAAGAAGAAAUUGGGGAAGAAUCCAGAUGUGGACACCAGUUUCCUGCCAGACAGAGACCGAGAGGAGGAAGAAAACCGUCUUCGAGAAGAGCUGAGACAAGAGUGGGAGCGGAAGCAGGAGAAGAUUAAAAGUGAAGAGAUAGAGAUUACCUUCAGUUACUGGGAUGGUUCAGGACACCGCAGAACAGUGAAGAUGAAGAAAGGAAAUACCAUCCAGCAAUUCCUGCAGAAAGCCCUGGAGAUCCUGCGGAAAGACUUUAGUGAACUCCGUUCAGCUGGAGUAGAGCAACUCAUGUACAUCAAGGAAGAUCUCAUCAUCCCGCAUCAUCAUAGCUUUUAUGAUUUCAUUGUGACAAAAGCCAGAGGCAAAAGUGGUCCUUUGUUUAAUUUUGAUGUACAUGAAGAUGUCCGUCUGCUGAGUGAUGCCACUGUGGAAAAAGAUGAGUCUCACGCUGGAAAGGUGGUUCUGCGGAGCUGGUACGAGAAAAACAAACAUAUAUUUCCGGCUAGCCGGUGGGAGCCAUACGACCCCGAGAAGAAAUGGGACAAAUACACAGUAAGUAUGCUGUUUCUGGAUCAAUGA